GGCUCCUCUUCAUGCCUUCCAGGUGCUGGAUGGAAGCAAGGCAAAAUACACUUGUGGAGCUGAACCUUUUCCACUGCAGUUCUAAAGCUGUUCAGGUACCACCUCAGUGGUCUGAAACAUCCUGUGCCAGCACAUCGAGUUUGUUUCAUCUAUUGAAUUCCGGGUCAUGGCUAUCCUCUGUGAAUCCACAGAAGGCUUUAUUUGAGGCUCCCGAUUCUUUUUUUCUUCAGAUGGUGUAACCUGAACAUCAUUGCCUUGUUUGCCGCUUGCUAGGAGUGAAUUCAGUACUAGUGCUGCAGAACAACUCGUCUCAAGCAAGACCCAGUUUUGAAGCAGGGGGUAGUACCUGGAUUCUGCUUAAACUGCUUUCUUCCAUUGAAUUCAAACGCACAAAAAAGGUUUCCUCUGAUAUUUGGGGGAGAGGUGGCAGCCCGUGAUGAAGACAAGCAGAGAAACUUUUGGAUAGCUUAAGAACAUAAACACAUAAGAUCAUGUUCAUUUUCUCCUAAAGUAAUUGCUUAUGUGUUAAAGGCACCUUUAUGUUCUGCCACACAGAAAUGGUCAGCAGUCAGCCUCUCCCCAUAGCAGACAGUGGGAAAAGGAAAAAGAAAAAAAGAACCAGAGCCACAGAUCAUGUCCCUGGGAAGUUUGAAGACUUGUACAAGCUGACUGCUGAGCUUCUUGGUGAGGGAGCAUAUGCCAAAGUUCAGGGUGCCGUCAGCCUCCAAACUGGGAAAGAAUAUGCAGUAAAAAUCAUUGAAAAAAAUGCUGGGCAUAGUCGGAGUCGGGUUUUUCGUGAAAUAGAAACACUGUACCAGUGUCAGGGUAACAAGAACAUUUUGGAGUUGAUAGAAUUUUUUGAAGAUGACACAAGAUACUACCUUGUCUUUGAGAAGCUGCGAGGAGGUUCAAUUCUGGCCCAUAUACAAAAGCGGAAGCACUUCAAUGAACGAGAAGCUAGCAAAGUGGUGAGAGAUAUUGCCUCUGCUCUGGAUUUUCUUCAUACAAAAGGUAUUGCUCACAGGGACCUGAAGCCUGAAAACAUCCUGUGCGAAUCUCCAGAAAAGAUAUCACCAGUAAAAAUAUGUGACUUUGAUCUUGGUAGUGGGGUGAAGCUGAACAGUGCGUGUACUCCAAUAACUACUCCUGAAUUAACAACACCGUGUGGGUCUGCAGAAUACAUGGCACCCGAAGUGGUCGAAGUCUUCACGGAGGAGGCCACGUUCUACGAUAAGCGGUGUGAUCUUUGGAGCCUGGGAGUGAUCCUGUACAUCAUGCUCAGUGGUUACCCCCCUUUUGUGGGCAACUGUGGCACAGACUGUGGCUGGGACAGAGGAGAGGUCUGCAGAGUUUGCCAGAACAAGCUUUUUGAGAGCAUUCAGGAAGGCAAGUAUGAAUUUCCUGACAAGGACUGGUCGCAUAUAUCCUCUGAGGCCAAAGAUCUCAUCUCAAAGUUGCUCGUUUGCGACGCCAAAGAACGACUUAGUGCUGCUCAAGUUUUGCAACAUGCAUGGGUUCAAGGACAGGCUCCUGAAAGGGGAUUACCUACCCCUCAAGUUCUUCAAAGGAACAGUAGCACAAAAGACCUGACGCUUUUUGCUGCUGAGGCUAUAGCCCUUAACCGCCAGUUGUCUCAGCACGAGAAUGAACUCAGCGCAGAGCAGGAGAACGUUGCCCAUGCUGUGUGCUCCAUGAAGCUUUCUCCACCGUCCAAGUCCCGCCUCGCCAAGCGCAGAGCAAUGACGCACGCCACCAAAACCAGUGACUUUCAGCCAGUUCCCCAUAAAGCCUUUUAAACUUCUUUCCUGCUAUGGAUUGGCAAGAUCAGCCUGUGUUCUUAUUUGGAAUUUCAGCACUGAUAAAAGCUUCUCUGCUUCUGACACUUUGAUUGGAAGCUUGCUCUUGUGAUGUGACUUGUAACUUUAAGGGGACAGCUUUUUAUGGGAAUGUUUUUUGCCUGUCAGGUUUGGUGCAUUAAGAUAAUUUAACUGAUCCUCUUAAACUGGAGAAGAUGGGUUUGCUGCUGUAUUAUUUGAGGUGAUAAAUCACUAAGCUUUCCUUAUUUUCUUCUUAGAAGAGUAUGCUUUAAAAUGCAAACUUGAAAACAUCAGAAAAAAACAACUUUCUUGCUUUGCCCAGCAGAGCAUCAAGCCUCUCCCUGCCUAUGGCUGCUCUCCUUGAUGGUACAUCUUGCGAGGUGCUGCUGCUAGUCACAGCAGCAGGGACUGUUUUCAAUCAACAGUGCCCUUGUCUCUUUCUGUAGACUCAGGAAAUGAAGGUGAUGACUGGGUGGAUCUGUCUCUGUUGUCUUCACUGGGCUUAGACUGUGAGGAUGGUACUGUAAAGGUGCAAGGAUCACUCAGGCUUGUAGGGAUGAAGAGGACCGGGUUGCUUUUUUAAUCCUGUUGAUAGUUAGUGUGUCAGUAUGUAGGAUGAAAGCUGGUGGUGUGUUAUUUCUUUAUCUGACACCUUUUUGUUCUUAACUAAAAUGUACUCCAUAUAAUCUCUCUUUUUAUUGGUUGGGUUUUUUUUGUGUGUGUCCAGUAUGUCCCCUUCUCUGGCAGUUACAGUCUUAAGUCUGAUAGCCACAGUAUAACAGACUGUUUAUGUAACAGUUUAUGUUUAGUAUCUGGGUUUUUUUAUAUAUUAAUGCUAUCCUCAGUUAUACCUUCCUUUCUGUAAACUUGUAUUUCUCCAAGUCCUUUUGUGUGUGUUACCUGGAGUUCUUAAUGUGAAUGGACAGACUUCAGUGAAUUUUGGUGUCUGAAUAAUUUAGGAUUAUCAAAUGCAAAGGUACAUCUAUACAAAAAUGGUGCUGCAGCUGUUGCAUUCUGCCACCUGCAGUGAUCUCAGGCUGGGUGUCUAGAUUUUAGCUUCCAGUUUUAGUACUGUGGUGCACCAGAGGUCAGGAGUAAUUUGGAAGGGUACUGGCUGAAAAGCUGAAGAUUUUGGGUGACCAAGGUGAGGUGUCCAUGGAGAAGGACAUGGAUGUUGAGCACUUUCUGAAACGUAAGCUGUGAAAAUUGGGCCGCUAAGAUGCCCAACAUGAUGCACCUUAAACUUGCUGGCCAUUUCUGAAACCCUUUGCCAGGGCAUUGCGUGCAGGGUGGAGAGGGGGAGGAGGAGGCGGCCCCCAAGUGCCAGCACAAAACCAUCCUGAGCAGAAUGAGAAGGAAUAAAGUAGCAAAUCCAACAUGCGCUUGGAAAUUGAAAGGUCAAAGCUGAGUGUCUUUGCAUGGCCUAUUCAGAGCGGUUUUACAUUAUCUUUUAGCAGUGUGCAUACAGCUAUUUUUAUACAACAUGCUGUAUUUUGUGACUAAUAUUAAAGUUGUUAUUUAAAAGAUUUUAUACAUUGUGCCAGUGGAUGGAUUAUGAAAUGUCUUUUGCUUUGUUUUUAUUAAAAUGCUUUAAGUUAUGGAUUUAA